AUGGACAAAUUCUUUCUUUCUGUUACAUUCCUCUUUUUUCUGUCAAUUUUCUUUCAAUUUCAUUCUUUUCUUUCUUUCUUUCUUUCUUUCUUUCUUUCUUUCUUUCUUACAUUCCACUUUUUUCCGUCAAUUUUCUUUCAAUUUCAUUCUUUCUUUCUUUCUUUCUUUCUUUCUUUCUUUCUUACAUUCCUCUUUUUUCCGUCAAUUUUCUUUCAGUUUCAUUCUUUCUUUCUUUCUUUCUUUCUUUCUUUCUUUCUUUCUUUGUUUCAAGUUCUUUCUUUCUGUUACAUUCCUCUUUUUUCUGUCAAUUUUCUUUCAAUUUCAUUCUUUUCUGUUUUUUCUCUUAUUUUCAUAUUCUUUUUCUUUCAAAUUCUUUCUUUCUUUUUUCUUUCUUUCUGUCGCGUUAUUUUUUCUUUCAAGUUCUUUCUUUUUAAUUCUUUCUUUUACGUUCUUGCUUUCUUUCAAUUCCUUUCUUUCUGUCACAUUCUUCCUUUUCUUUUAAUUUCUUUCUUUCUAUUUAUCUUUCUUCCUUUCUUUCUUUCUUUCUUUCUUUCUUUCUUUCUUUUAUCUUUCUUUUUUCUUUCUUUCUGUCAGAUUCUUUCUUGUCUUUCAAUUUCUUUCUUUCUUUUAAUUUCUUUCUUUCUUUCUUUCUUUCUUUCUUUCUUUCUUUCUGUCACGUUCUUCCUUUCUUUUAAUUUCUUUCUUUCUUUCUUUCUUUCUUUCUUUCUUUCUUUCUUUCUUUCUUUCACGCUCUUUCUUUUCUUUCAAAUUCUUUCAAAUUCUUUCUUUCAUUUUUUAAAUUUCUUUCCUUAUGUUCGUUCUUCCUUUUUCAAUUUCUUUCUUUCAUUUUCUUCCUUUUGUUUCAAUUUUAUUCUUUCACGUUCUUCCUUGUUGCAAUUUCUUUCUUUCUUUCUUUCUUUCUUUCUUUCUUUCUUUCUUUCUUUCUUUCUUUCACAUUCUCCGUUUUCUUUUAAUUUCUUUCCUUAUCUUUCGUUCUUCCUUGUCUUUCAAUUUCUUUCGUUCAUGUUCUUCUUUUACUUUCAAUUUCUUUCUUUCUUCCGUUCUUUUUUCUUUCUUUCUUCUUCAUCAUUGAAACUUUUUCUUUCUUUCUUUUUCCUCUUUCCUUUAUCCAAAUGUACUUAG